UCCUCAAACGCCCCUCUGGCUGCCUUGGUACAGCCCGGACCAAGCUAGCAGAAGUCAGCGCUAAGGUUUAGCCCCGAAACUUCAAUGUUUUAACGCAGUAAACCGCGUCAUCUGACGUGAACAACACGUCCCCGCUCCUUCUCAACCCGUUAAGAUUGUUUUAAUUGGGUCGGAAGCUCGGCCCACAUCCGACCGGAAGCGGCUAGCUGCUCCGGGUUUAGUUUGAACGCGUCGGGAAGUGGUGCGGGACAGUUGGAAGUGCGUGAUGCCAGUGAACGGAGGGGGGCUGCUCUCCCUGAGCAGAUACGCCACGCAGUAUUUCACCAACCCGGUGAUGGAGGAGACUGUGUGGGAGCAGUACACUGUGACUCUGCAGAGGGAUCCCAAGAUGGGCUUUGGCAUCGCAGUGUCGGGAGGUCGUGACAACCCCAACGAGGAAAGUGGAGAGACGUCCAUCGUGGUGUCGGACGUCCUGCAGGGGGGGCCGGCUGAUGGCUUGUUAUUUGAGAACGACCGCGUGGUGCAGGUGAACGCCAUCCCCAUGGACGGGGCCACCCACUCCUUCGCCGUCUCCACCCUCAGGAAGUGCGGCAAAGUCGCCAAAAUUACAGUGAAGCGGCCCCGGAAGGUUCCGGUGAACGUGGUGAACCGUCCGUCCUCACCCGAUGACCGAGUCUUCAACAAUGACUACAACGAUGAUUACAACUACGACCAGGACCGGCGCAGUGUGUACAGCGGGCGGGACCACAGCCCGGAGAGGGAGCGAGGCGGAGGCUACCUGGAUUCUGGCUAUCAAACCCACGAGCGGGACCACGACAGGGACUACGACCGGCGGGACCGCGGCAGGAACCCGGAGAGAGACCUCAGCCCGGACCGGCCCUACAGGAGGGACGGCAGCAGAGGCCGGAUUCUGGAUAAAGAGCGCAGUCCGGAGCGCCCCUACCGGAAUGACAAGAUGCUCGACCGGGACCACAGCCCGGACAGAAGGUACCGCAGCGAGCGCACGCUGGACCGGGACCACAGCCCCGAGCGCCGCUACCGCAGCGAACGGGCCCUGGACCGCGAGAGCCCCGACCACCGCUUCCGCAACGAGAAAACCCUUGAGCGCAACCACAGCCCCUACCGGCGUGACAGCCCGGGCAGAGGCCACGGGCGCGACCACAGCUUUGAGCGAGGACGGGAUCGCGUCCCCAGUGACCCGAGGAAGUACGACGAGCCGGUGAGACGCAGCGGCAGCCGGGAUCGUCUGGACCGCUCGCCCUCCCCGGCCGCCAUGCCCAUCCCCCUGCCCCGCCCGGCCCGGGACCUGGAGCCGCUGGAGAAACCGCUGAAUGUGCUGCUGCUGAAGAAACGACCCAACGAGGAGUACGGUCUUCGUCUGGGCAGCCAGCUCUUCAUCAAGGAGAUGACCAGCACUGGACUCGCCAGCAGGGACGGGAACCUGCAGGAGGGAGACAUCAUACUGAAGAUCAACGGCACCGUGACGGAGAACCUGUCCCUCAGCGACGCCGGGAAGCUGAUCGAGAAGUCCCGCGGGAAGCUGCAGCUGGUGGUGCAGAGGGACAAGCAGCAGGUGCUGAUCCGCGUCCCCCCGAUGGCCGACAGUGACUCUGAGCUCGAUGAUAUCUCAGAGAUCGAGUCGUACCGCUCCUACUCGCCACAGGACGACAGGCGGGGCCACCACUCCGACCUCUCCUCCCACUCCUCCAACGAGCGGCUGAGGGAGAAGCCCAGAGAGGAGCCGCCCAACCGGCUGGCCAAGAUGGGCGCAAUGCCAACUCCGUUCAGAGUGCCCGACCGAGCCGUAGAAGACACACCCCCUCUGCUGCCAGAGAGGGAGGAGCUACCACCAGAGACUCCUCCAGUGAAACCAGUCGUCGCUGCAACACAAAAGUUUCAUGCUCCUCCUAAAGUUCCUCUGAAGCCAAAUACAGACGACCAGGAAGUUUAUGGCCCGAACACGGUGAUGGUGCGUUUCCAGAAAGGCGACAGCGUGGGUCUGAGGCUGGCCGGAGGAAACGAUGUCGGCAUCUUCAUCGCCGGCGUUCAGGAGGACAGCGCGGCCGAGAAGGAGGGGCUCCGCACGGGGGACCAGAUCAUGAAGGUGAACAACACUGACUUCAGAGGAAUGGUGCGUGAGGACGCUGUUCUCUACCUCCUGGAGGUUCCUAAGGGAGAAGACGUCACCAUUCUUGCUCAGAGUAAACCUGAAGUGUACAAGGACAUUUUAGCGUCGGGCCGAGGCGACUCCUUCUUCAUCAGGACUCACUUUGAGUUCGAGAAGGAGGCGCCGCAGUGUCUCCCUUUCUCCAGAGGGGAGAUCUUCAAGGUGACGGACACUCUGUACGAUGGCAAACUGGGAAACUGGCUGGCGAUCCGCAGCGACAAAGACAACCAGCUGUUAGAGAAAGGAAUCAUCCCCAACAAGAGCAGGGCAGAGCAAAUGUCCAAUGUCCAGAACGCUGCUCGAGCUGCAUCGGGCAACGACCGAGGAGACUUCUGGAGGCUGAGAGGUCAAAGAGCAGCGAAGAAGAAGGACAUCCGCAAGAGCCGAGAGGACCUGAGCGCCGCGCCGGUCACCACCCGGUUCCCCGCCUACGAGAGGGUGGUGCUGCGUGAAGCUGGAUUCAAAAGGCCUGUGGUGAUUUUCGGGCCCAUUUCUGAUACAGUGAAUGAGAAACUGGCCAAUGACAUGCCGGACAAGUUUGUCAUCGCCAAAACGGAGCCUAAAGACGCAGGAAGUGAGAAAUCCUCUGGAGUGGUGAGACUCAACACCAUCCGACAGAUCAUUGAGCAGGACCUCCACGCCCUCCUGGACGUGACCCCCAAAGCCGUGGACACUCUGAACUACACACAGUGGUAUCCCAUCGUCAUCUUCCUGAACCCGGACAGCAAGCAAGGCAUCAAGACCCUGAGGAACCGCGUGGCACCGGGAUCCAGCCGCAGCGCACGCAAGCUGUACGAGCAGUCGGUCAAGCUGAGGAAGACGUGCACUCACCUUUUCACCGCGACCAUCGACCUGAACUCGGCCAACGACGGCUGGUACGGCAGCGUGAAGGAUUCUAUUCAGGAGCAGCAGGACCGGGCUGUGUGGGUGUGUGAGGGGAAGCUCGAAGGCUCGGAGCAGGACCUGGAUCUCCACGAUGACCGCAUGUCCUACCUGUCGGCAAUGAGCGCCGACUACCUGAGCAUGGACAGCCGCCUGACCAGCGACUACGAGGACACGGCGGACGAGGGCGGGGCUUACACCGACAACGAGCUGGACGAGCCCCUGGACGAGCCUCAGCCCGUGUCGGCCAUCGCCCGGUCGUCAGAGCCGGUGCUGCCGGACGAGGUGCGUGCUCAGACCCGGACCGACUCCACGCGGAGCUAUGACUCUCACUCCAGCAGCACCAUCAGCAGCGACAUAGUGGGUGGGAACAGGCCCCUCCCCCCUCCCGUGGCCCUGAAGCCCUCCGUCCCCCGAAUGCCCUCAGAGGAGCGGGUCCCGGUGAGAGAGGAGGACGACCCCGCCUCCAAAUCCUUCCUGGGCAAGAUCAAGGCCUUUGAGAAGAUGGACCACUUGGCUCGAGCUCAGCGGAUCCUGGAGCUGCAGGAGGCGGAGAACGCUCGACUGGAAAUCGCCCAGAAGCAUCCGGACAUCUACGCCAUCCCAGUGAAGCUGCCAAAACCCAACCUCAACCGUCCCCAGCCAAUCGGCUCCAGCUCGAACCCGGAGCCCCAGACUCCGUCCCGGCCGUCCUACUCGGAGACACGAGGAUACGAGGACGAGGAGGCGGAGUACCGCCGGCAGCUGGCCGACCAGAACAAGAGAGGCUACUACAACCCUCAGAAGUACAAGGACACUGAGCUGUGAGGCCCCCCCCCCCCCACCCCAAACCAGGAAGUGACAUCAUCACCGCACGCCGCUCCAGUCACCCCCCCCCCCCCCACGCUGUCGCUACAACUGCUCAGAGCUAGUCACCGUGGUAAAAGCUUAGGCAGCUUUACCUCAAUGUAAACUUUAAACUUUUUGUUUGUAGUCGGAUCCCUGGAGAGAUAUUAGUGUCAACACUGUUGUGUCACUACAUGUUGUACUUCAUAAACACACAACGGUUCCUGCCUGUAGUCUUUGUGUGUCUGGAGAGGUUUUCUGUUACGAGCCAGUUUGUGAUUUAAAUCCUGUUACACACCGACGCUCAGCUUCUCGUGUUCUACUGUUACUCUCAGGUUUGAUUCUCUGCAGAUCUUUAUAUUUACAGAACUCACAGAAACAUCGUUUGUCCUCAGCUCAGUGAAUGAGGUGAGAUUUAGAUUUAAAGGUAAAUGAAUGUAGAACUAGAAGAUCAAACACCUGCUCUAGAUUCUAAAUGACUUGGUUCAUGUCCCGUUCCUCCAUCACGUUCAGUGGAAGCUGGUUCUGCAGCGAUGAAAACACAAGUUCCCCGGUGGAGGUAGACAAAUGAUUAAAAAUGAAACACAUCUUCAUCCAGAUGUUCAGUUUGUGAAUUAUCCAGAAAUUCCCUCGGAUCAGUUUUAACAAGCCUCCGUGUGUUUCCCAGCUGGACGAUGAAUCAGUGAUGAGAACAGAUGAUCGACUGUGGACGUAACAAUGAAACACGAGAAGCUGACGAACAUCAAUCUGAAACCAGCAGAGCUACUGGGAGCUGAAUGGGGAUUGGUUAACUGUUCACUGGUCUGUGUUACACAACCUGAGCUCCAGACGCUGUGUUAAAGCAAUGCUGAGUAGGUUAGACUGAUCAACAGCGCCCUCUGCAGCCACACAGCCACACUGUUGUUGCUUAACAGCUGCUCUGGGGUCAGAUUGAUGUUCCUCCUGUUGUCCUGUAAAUACACUACACUGUAACGCGUGUGCUCGGGGGUGCAGCAUAUAUCGAAGUGCCUUGCAGCUCUGACUUUACUUCAGUUAUUCACAAACUGCAGGAAGUUUCUAAACAAACCUUGAAGCUCCAGAAAAACACGCUUCUGUCAAAAUCGACCAAACAUUCGAUGUAAGAUAGUUUAUUUUGUUUUUUUAGCUGUAAUUAUGAGAAAGAGAAAUGUGUUAUUGAAGACAUGUCAGUAUCAUGUUGUUGAUGAUUACAAGAUGUAAACGAUUAGAAGAUCUAGAAAGAAAACACUGUUGAACUCAACAGGACGUCCUGAGUUCUUAGUCUGGGACACGGAGACAAUCACGUUUUUAUGGCUUCUCAUGUUUUUAUAUUGAAUCUUCAACUCGCUGGAGUCUCUGUACACUGGAGUUCGGGGAACGUGGUGAUGACAAUCAUGUUUGUUGAUCCGUGACUUACAUUUCUUUUCCCUUUUUUUUUUUGUUUGUGAUCUCAAAGUGUUACAAGAAAUAAAUAAAUAAAUACUUUUUUUUUA